AUGAGGUGGAGAAAGGCCAAUCUAGCAGAGGUGUCUAAUAGGGAGAUCAAGUGCAUACUAGAGAAAAUUGUGAAGCCUCAUCGGAAGGAUUGCAGUACUAGACUUGUAGAUGCGCUAUGGGCUUAUCGGAAUGCGUACAAGACACCCAUCGGCAUGAGUCCAUUUCGUCUAGUCUAUGGAAAGGCUUGUCACCUUCCGAUAGAGAUGGAACAUAAAGCUUACUGGGUUGUGAAGGAAUACAACUCAGGAUUGGGAGGAGCCGAAAUUGAAAGGAAGUUGCAACUAGAGGAAUUGGAGUGCCUUCGACUAGAGGCAUAUGAGAACUCAAGGGUCUACAAGAAAAAGGUGAAAGCGGUCCAUGACAAGAACAUCAAGCGAAGAGAGUUUAGAGCUGGGGAUCAGGUCCUUCUCUACAACUCAAGGCUGAGGUUAAUGACAGUCAAGCUAACGUCAAGGUGGGAUGGACCGUACGUAGUGGAGAAGGUGGAACCAUACGGAGUUGUCCACCUAAGUCACCCCUCAAGCCCUACAUUCUUCAAAGUCGAUGGCCACUGUUUGAAGCUGUAUCACAGUGUGAAGAUGAAGAACAACAAGGAGUUGGAGAUCUUCCUCUUGAAGGAUCCAGCAUAG